UACCGUAGGGGAACUAUUUCCUUAAAGGGGGAUUACAAAAUACAGCUCGCCAUCUACAACACUUCUCCCCGUGUUUGAUAGAUUCUAUAGAAAUUAACAUCCGUUUUAUACUUUGCUUUUUAUGCGUUAAUUCAUCAUUGACCUAAAGAACCUGUACAACUACACUGAACGACAUGGGCUUUAGACUUUGCCUCCCCCUUACAUGAAACCGUCCAGUGAAAUGACGUAGUUCCUUCUUCGCUUAGAUAAUGCCAUUUUGGUAGGCCGUACAUGGUGUUCUGUUUUCGCCUCGUGGAAGAAAUAUAACCGUAAAAUCCUCACAAUAAACGUGGAAUCAGAAGAGUCUGCCGUUUAAGUUUUACAACUAAUUUAGCAUGCGUGAGUUACUUUGAGGGAAGCGCUUUUUCGAAUUCGUGAGCAGGGUAUCGUACGCAGUUUACAUUCUCAAGCACAUUCUAGCGGCUGUCGUCCGCUGUUGACGACACAGAUCGCCGUACCAGCGAACAAAGGAAAAAUAAAAAGUUACUGUUUGGAGAAAAAAAUAAAACAAUGGCCGAGGGUUACAUUCGAGUGGCUGAGGAGGAAAACGAGGAACCCAUGGAGAUCCCGUCGGAGGAUGACGGCACUGUUCUGCUGUCCACCGUUGCUGCUCAGUUUCCAGGGGCGUGCGGCCUACGGUUCAGGAGCCCCGUGUCCCAGUGCAUGAGGGGCGUGCGCCUCGUUGAAGGGGUCCUGCACGCUCCCGAAAACGGAUGGGGGAAUAUCGUGUAUGUGGUGAACUAUCCAAAAGAUAACAAAAGGAAAAUGGAUGAAAUCGAUGCCUCUUCAGCUGUGAAGAUGAAGAGAGGGGAUAUGAAGACAUCUGACCUGAUUGUACUUGGUCUUCCGUGGAAAACAACAGAACAGGACCUGAAAGACUACUUUAGCACAUUUGGAGAAGUCAUCAUGGUUCAGGUAAAACGUGAUGCCAAAACGGGGAACUCUAAAGGUUUUGGCUUUGUGAGGUUCACCGAAUAUGAGGCUCAAGAAAAGGUGAUCUCCCAGCGCCAUAUGAUUGAUGGGAGAUGGUGCGACUGCAAGCUCCCAAAUUCGAAGCAAGGUCCAGAUGAGCCACUGAGGAGUAGGAAGGUGUUUGUUGGACGCUGCACUGAAGAUAUGACUACAGACGAUCUACGGCAGUUCUUUAUGCAGUAUGGGGAAGUCACAGAUGUCUUCAUCCCAAAGCCUUUCCGUGCUUUUGCCUUUGUCACAUUUGCAGAUGACCAGGUGGCCCAGUCUCUCUGUGGAGAGGAUCUUAUUAUAAAAGGAGUCAGUGUUCACAUCUCAAAUGCUGAGCCCAAACAUGGCAAUAGGCAGUUUGAUCGUACAGCACGAUUUGGAAAUGGCUUUGGAGCUCAAGCAUUUGGUAGCAGCCGCGGUGGGUUGGGCAGCAGCACUAACAGUAGUCUGGCUAAUUUUGGUUCCUUCAGUUUGAACCCUGCCAUGAUGGCUGCCGCACAGGCUGCUCUGCAAAGUAGUUGGGGGAUGAUGGGUAUGUUGGCUAGCCAGCAGCAGACUUCCACCUCAGGCAGCACCUCCAGUGGAACGAGUUCUAGCAGGGACCAGAGUCAGUCUUUCAGUACAGGCAACAGCAACUACGGCACCAGCUCAGCCAGUCUCGGCUGGGGCACAGGGUCAAACUCUACGACCAGUGGCAGUGGGUUUAGCUCAGGUUUUGGGUCCAGCAUGGAGUCAAAGUCAUCUGGGUGGGGUAUGUAAGCUAAGUGUUUGUAUGGUAAGUAUUGUGAGAAAGAUGAGUCUUUUCAAAAUUUAUUUCUGGUGUUGAUGCGUAUCUGAAAACACUUUUUGUGGAAGAUGUUUUGUACAUUUGGAAAAAAAAAAUGCUAAAGAUUUAAUUUAGGAAGUGUUGAAGUGAGCCGUUUACCAGGAUCUCUGACUAAAGUGCUAUUUUUGACGUCUUGUUUGUUUGUAUCCAUUUCAACUGGAUUCUCUAAUGCAUGUAUUGUGAAAUGUGAUGCCCAUUUUGAAAAUGCAUGAAUGUUUGUGGUUCACCAUUAUCUGGCUUUGUCAUCGACUUAAAAGGCAAUCUUGCAUUGGAAAGAAUCUGGUUGAAACCUAAAUGUUUUAAGUGCAACUUUAUUUGCAGUCAAGUUCUGUGGAAAAGCCUUCAUUGAAAUCUCUUCUGCAGUUCACCUCUCUUCCAUUUCCCUGUGAGGAAGCUCCUCUUUGGCAGCAUUGUUGGGGUGAUAUCGGUAUCAUUCUCCCUCUUCCCACCUGUAAAUGCUAUGCCAUCACAGAUCGGCUACACUCCGCAUGUUCUAAGAGACGGUGGGUGUUUUCACUUUUAUCCACUUUUAAAUGGAAAGAACUGCGCAACUGACAUUUUAAGAACUGAUGAGUGCGAUUGAGGAUGGCUUGUGGCGCGGAGUGAAGCGAUGAGUGAGCGAACGGAGAGAGACGCGUGAAACGGACUGGCUGUGCGAUGAAAGAGCCCAAUUUUGACUGUUUUCUGAGUGUGUGAGUGGAAGCUGCAGAUGCUACGAGCGCCUCCCCUAACAUGGACAUUGUUUAAUUAGUACUCCAAGAUUUUUCUUUUUUUUUUUAAUCUUUGCAAGUUUUUCCUUAAGUAUGUCUAUCAAGUGCAGAAAUAUCAAAAUGUAGUGGAAUGUUGUGAUGACUCUUUGUACUGCUUAUAUUAUCUGAUUUGAAUGCUGUAUGGUGUGUGUUUUCAUGUUAUUGAACUGAUCUGUAAGUGUGUAUUUGAUGUGGAUGACACCAGCUGAAGACCUUGGGGGACGCGAGUGAUAGUGUGAGAACGUGGAGUGGUGUGUCCAAUGGUUCCCCGUAGCUCUUGUCGUUUGUGAGGUGUUUCAAAACAUGUCAAAUGAAGGGAGUUCUCUAAUAAAGUUCAUUUGAAUAGUUACUUAGUUGAUAUUACCUGAGUCGGUCUGUAAAAUCAAAAACAUCUAAUCCAAUUCACAUAUCUAGGGACCUUGGGCUCUGCUGGUCGAGGUCUCCGUUUGAAC